GCUCGCCAGGGCAGCCUAGGCGGCCCUGGAAUAGCGCCGGGCCGCACAGCACAGAGGACGUCGGAUUCAUGUCUCGGGAGGUGACACAACGGGGAGAGCGCACCUGUGCCGUGGGCAAGCUCGAAGCUAGGGGUGGAGGCUCUGAGAACCAAUCGGCCGGGCAGGCAUUCUGCGUGGGGCGUGCGAGUGCUGGCAGGCGGCGGCGGAAGCUCAGUCUCGUGAUUGCGGGCAAGGUACACUGGGUCGAGGGCGCCGCGGCGCUGGGGUGGGCAAAGGGCCGGGGGUCCUGGUCUGCGGUCGGUGAGAGGGCGUGCGGACGAGCAGUGCCUCGCUGCUGGCUGGCUGGCAGAGUGCCGAGUCCUGUCCCAAAGGUCCUGAGCCAGCCUGGAAAACUGGGGACGCGCGAUUGAGUCACCUGCCUGCCGGCGCACCACGACGUCGAGAUGCACGCCGGCACCGGCGACGGCAGCAAAGGCUCGGUGGGAUGCAGAGGCUGCGAUGUGAGCUGUUGCGGGACGGUGAUGGUGGCCGGCAGAGGUCUAAGACUGAGACGGCGAUGCCAGCGUUGGCUUGGCCAGGUUGUUGCUUGCUCGACUGAUAGACUGCUGGGUGGUGGAUGGAAGGAUAUUCCCAGG